CCAAACCUCAUUCUUCUUAAACCCCCGAAGGUUCUACAUCAAUGGCCCUUUUUCUGUCAUCAUCCUUCUUCAACCCUCCGCUUUCUUCUACCAACAACCAAAACACUGCAAAUUCCCGUCCAAAAACUGCACAAAUCAGUACUGUUAGUGCCGUACCUUUAUGUGUUCCAUCUAUUUCGUCUACAUCGUUACCUGUAACUCCAAUUCUGAAACUCGACAAAUACAGCUCUGAUUACUCUCACCUGUUUCCUUCACUUUCAUUUUCCAAUAUUCUCUUCUUUAAAUCAGCAUAUAAUGUUCAGGUUAUAGCUGGGGAACACGAGCCGGAAGAGAAACUCAUCGGCCGCUUCCGCAGGGAGGUUUUCAGAGCUGGAGUUAUCCAAGAGAGUAAACGCCGAAGAUUUUUUGAAUCUACUCAGGAAAAGAAGAAAAGGAAGUCUCGUGAUGCUGCCAGACGAAACCGCAAAAGAAGGCCUCAGCCAAAAGCUCCACUAGGGGAUACACAGGAAACUUUGAAGGAUGAGGGUUAUAAAUCUGAUGAAGAUAAGUGGGACCUCAUCGACGUAGAAUCACCCUAUACAAGACCUUAACCAGCCAUGUGAAAACCAAAUGGUCUAAGAACAAGGUUUCAUAUAUCAGUUUUUCCUCAAGUACAACGAGCUGCUGCAUAUUCUCGCUUAUUUUGCUUACCUGGCUAUAUCUGCAAUUUGAUGUUUUGUGUGAGUCAACACGAGUAUAUUGUCGUAGAAAACACUAGUUUUGGCAUAAGGGUUUCCCUAAUGUUUCUCCAAGUUCAUACUUAUUAAAGAUCAAUGGAAGGUUGCUGUACAUCUGAUUUUAGAUUUUGGUGCUGAUUUUGCAAUAUGUGGUGAUGGUUCCUAAGAGGAUAUUGGGUGAACCCCAACAUUUGUUGUUCAAUUUCUGCCACUCAUUUGUUGCUGCAACUAAUCUUGGGAUUGAGACUGUCUAUC